UGACUCACAACAUUAUUUUUAUUAAAUUUUCUCAUCGUUUUAUUUUUCUUGCAAAAAAACAUAACACAAUUCUCCAGGAAACAAAAUUUGUAUAAUUGAAGAGAGGCCAAAAUUCUAAAAGAAGAAGAAACUUAGGGAUCAAGAAUCGGUGAUGUCAGGUUCCCGAUGGACGUUGAUGGAUCUACCGUCGUAUCUGUCGUCAUCAUGGGCAUUCCGGUGGCCGGAGGUGAAUCUUUCUUACCUGAGCUCCGGUUGGAACAUGAGAUUGUUGUCUUUGUCGGGUAAUCUCUCCAUAAUCGAUGAUCUUUUGUGGAGUUUUGUCUCGAUCGUUGAAUCUUUAGCUAUCGCUACUACCAUCUGUUGCUUCUUCUUGUUUUGUGGUUGUACCCUCUAAUUAAUUCCUUUUUUUUUUCUUUUCUUUUUUUCAUUAUUUAGUUUCCAAAAUCUUAUUGCCAACUAAAAUCUGUGUAAGUAUAAUAAGCAAUAAAAUUCGAGACUUUUCUAGCAUC